UUGAUGUUACUCAGUGAACGUGUUUAACGUGGAGCGGUUGUGUGCGCGCUCGUGUCGACUUUUGGCGAACAAUAUUUCCUGCUCGUUUCGUUAGUGGACUUUUGUUAACUCUUAACGGUUUAACGGUAUACCAAUAAUUUGGGUGUCUGUGUGAUUACAAAAAGGUAUUUCAAUUGAUUGGAAGUGGAUUUUUGCAAAAAAAUUUAUAAAAAAAUAUUUAAGUGUUAAAAUUGUGUUGCAAAAAUAUCUAAAAAAAUAUAUAUUUUAAAUACAUAAAUAAAACGAAGGAUUUAAAUUAAAUAAAAUUACUAGAUUUUUUCAAAAAAGUUGUUUUUUUAAAAGCGACAAUCACCAGGCAAACCCCAAAAACAACUUUAUAGUUGCCAGAUAACAAAUGAAAAUAUAAAUAAAUAAUAUAUUUCUUCUACUGGCUAAUGCUCAUGCUUAAUUAAAGUGUGCAUCGUUGAAACCUUCACUGCAAACUGCAGCAACAACAUACCAGACGCAAAUGACAUCUUUAUUGGUGUUGGGAAAUUUGGUGUAAUAAAAAAGCUGUAGGCAGACCAGCAGAAGACGCGACUGCGCCAACAGCUUCCGGCUUAAAUUACUUGAAAGAGUGAAGUUCUUUAUUACUAAAUUGUCGCCUUUUAAAAACCAACUAACCAACUGACCGAAGACCCCGCCACGAGCCAAAGCGAUGUCAACGACAUCGGUUAAUAUUUAGGCCAAAGAACUGAACAACGGCACCGCAUGUGAGAGUGGCUCGUGCUUGCCAAAGUGAAGACACCUGUCAGCACCAAAUUGUUUUUGCAUUACUUUCUGCUUCUCCGAAUUAUGGAGGCUUUGCUUAAAGCAAGCUAAUCACUAUGGGCUUGGCGUAAAUAAACGCAUAAAACACAUACACACAUAUUUAAGCCUAUAAAACCCAGCUUGCUAUCAAACCCCAGCCUGUCGCUUUCUUUUGGCCUCCGUUGCCCCGCAGUUGACGCACAACAUUCGAGCUGUCCAACAACGGAGUGGAUUGAGUGGUGAGCGCCGCUUUUGGAGCGUAUGGGUAAAGCUCAAGUACAGAUUUUCGCGCAUUCGGGGAAUAUUUCUAUGGACGAAAAUGGAUUACACUAAACGUUUUCUAUGGCUUUCCGGCAUUUUAUUAGGUCCAAUUCUACUUGCAGCCUUGACGUUACAAGAUGCCGCCAGUCCAGUAUUUCAAAAUCACAAAACGAAAGAGUGGACGAAUUUAGAUAAUAUCACAUUCUCUUUUGAUUGUACGCAUCGACCGGUUGGCUUCUACGCCGACAUGGAGUACAAUUGUCAGAUCUUCCACAUGUGCGAUGAGGAGGGCAAUCGCAUACCGCACUUGUGCGCCAACGAGACUUCCUUCAAUCAGGAGUAUCGCAUCUGUGAUUGGGACUACAACUUCAACUGCACUGAAUCGCCGAAAUGGUUUUACUUGAACGAACUGACGUAUGCCACAGAGCCGCCUGACGAGGAUGAAGACUAUUGAAACACCACCCGCUACCCAUCACCCAACAACCAACUACAACACUAACAACCCCAACACUCCCAAAAACACCCCAAUCUUCUCCGCUUCGGGCACCACUUCGUGUGUGACCUUACUGACAAGUAAUUAGCUAAGUGAAGUAAUUGUAUUUAUACUAUUUGUAAUUAUUUGUAAUUUGUUAUGACUAAACUGUCCUAAUAUAUAGUGUGUGUAUAAAAAGUUAAUGAGAUUUACGAACAACCAAUUUGAGUGCCGUAUAUUUACGCGCAUACUAUGAUAAUUUAAUUAAUCAUUAGCGUUAGUGAUUUUCCUUAUUUAUAAUGUUAUGUAUAUGUUAUUGUAAAAUGUUAAACAAAAUGUAUGUGUGUACAUAUAUUUAUAUGUGUAAUUGUAUAUAUGUAUGUACCUAGAAGCAUAGUAAUAAAUCUAAUUUAUACUCUUGAUUUCGUAGCGAUAUUGUUAUCAUAAUGUUUGUAUGUAGUAUUCUGCUGUUCUAUUCGAAAUUUUAAAAACAAAUUAGUAAUUAAAAUAAGAAUUUUGUUUUUGGCUUUUUUCUAAUGCCAAUGCGACCUAAGAUAAAUAUAUAAUAGCAAAAAUUCUUGUUAAAACAACCGCAUCGAUAUAUGAAUGUAUAAUAAAAUUUUGUAAACACCACAACAACAAA